AUGCAAUAGAACGUAACCCCUAAAACCUCAGAAGAAAGAAACGCAACUGAAAACUCUGCACUCCUCUGCUUCAGACAAUAGAAAAUUCAGAAGAGAAGAAAGAGAUGGGAAAGAACAAAGUGAAGGAAAAUGGUGGCAAAGACUAUUGCCCCUUAACCCUUUUUGUCUCCAACUUGCCCUACUCUUUUUCCAAUUCUCAGCUGGAGGAGGCGUUCAGUGAGGUUGGACCUGUUAGGCGUUGCUUCAUGGUCACACAGAAAGGUUCAGCCCAGCAUCGUGGUUUUGGUUAUGUCCAAUUUGCUGUUGAGGAAGAUGCUAACCGCGCUAUUGAGCUGAAGAAUGGUUCAUCUGUUGGAGGCCGGAAAAUUGUAGUGAAGCAUGCGAUGCCUCGUCCUCCCCGUGAAGAACGAAAGUCAAAACCAAAUCAAGGCAAGUCAGAUGAUCUCUUAAAGCCAAUAGAUGACGAUGAAGACCGCAGAUCAUCUGCAGCAGGGAAGCCUGUUUCAGCUUUAAAGGAAGAAGAAGUACAAGUCACUAAAAAACAAAAGCACUCAAGGAAGCCCGUGGAAAUGAAAAAAUCAGCCCUUUGUAAUGAUGUAGCAGAUGAGGGUGGUUUCUCAGAUAAACAGAGGGUUGCUAGAACUGUUAUAUUUGGUGGUCUCAUAAAUUCUGAUAUGGCUGAAGAAGUGCACUGCCAAGCCAGAGAGAUUGACACUGUGUGUUGUAUUAAUUAUCCUCUUUCAAGGAAAGAUCUUGAGCAACAUGGUCUCCUGCAAGAUGGCUGUACUUUGGAUGCUUCAGCUGUACUUUAUACAAGUGUAAAAUCAGCUCGAGCUUCUGUUGCAAGAUUUCAUAAAAAAGAGAUAGGAGGGGGAACUGUUUGGGCUCGCCAACUGGGUGGAGAGGGCUCUAAGACUCAGAGAUGGAAGCUUAUUGUCAGAAACCUUCCCUUCAAGGCCAAAGAAAAUGAAAUAAGAGAUAUGUUUUCAUCUGCAGGGUACGUGUGGGAUAUAUUUAUUCCACUCAAGUCAGACACAGGUAUGUCUAAGGGUUUUGCAUUCGUAAAAUUCACCUGCAAGCUAGAUGCGGAAAAUGCCAUUCAAAAGCUCAAUGGAUCUAAGUUUGCAAAACGUCUCAUAGCUGUUGAUUGGGCUGUUCCAAAACAGAUAUUUAGUAAUGAUGCCAAUAAUGCUCUUGCUCCAGAGAAUGGGCUCCAAACGAUGAGAGAUGAGGAUAGUAGUAGUGAGGGAGAUGUUGAGCAUGUUGGCAAACAAUCUAGUCAAGGAGAUGAUAGUGAUGCAGAUUAUUCUAGUGCCAUGGAGGAGGAAAGUGCACCUCCUGAAGAUAAUUUUGAUAAGGAAGCAGACAUUGCAAGAAAGGUUCUUAACAACUUGCUUACAUCCUCCAACAAAGGAACAUCUGUAAAUAAUGAUUCUAUGUUGUCCAAAGAAAAGAAGGAGCCAAAAGCCAAUGAAAUUGUUGAGGAUGCAGAUGGUAAAGCAUCGGAUGAGUAUGAAAAGGUUUCAGAUGUUUCCAAGCCUGAAAUUUCCACCAGAAGCAAGUCAUCAGAUCUUAAGCAAACAGAAGUAGAUGAUUUGCAGAAAACAGUUUUUAUAAGUAAUCUUCCCUUUGAAUGUGAUAAUGAAGAAGUGAAACAAAGAUUUUCUGGAUUUGGGGAAGUAGAAUACUUCCUUCCUGUUCUCCACCAAGUGACCAAGCGUCCAAGAGGCACUGGUUUUCUUAAAUUUAAAACUGUAGAAGCAGCUAAUACUGCAAUUUCAGCUGCCAGUAAUGCUUCUGGGCUGGGUAUUUUACUGAAGGGUAGACCGUUAAAAGUCUUAAAGGCUUUGGAUAAGAAAUCAGCUCAUGACAAGGAACUGGAAAAGGCAAAAAGUGAGGUUCAUGACCACCGCAAUCUUUAUUUGGCUAAGGAAGGACUUAUUCUUGAGGGAACUCCAGCUGCUGAAGGGGUUUCAGCCAGUGACAUGUUAAAACGCCAAGAGUUGGAAAGAAAAAAGAGGACAAAGCUUCAAUCUCCAAAUUUUCACGUUUCAAGAACUAGACUCGUUAUCUACAACUUACCAAAGUCAAUGAAUGAAAAAGAACUCAAGAACCUUUGCAUUGAUGCAGUAAUCUCUAGAGCUACCAAGCAAAAACCUGUAAUUCGGCAGAUAAAGUUUUUGAAAGAUGGAAAGAAAGGGAAGGUUGUUCAAGAACGCCAUUCCCGUGGAGUUGCCUUCAUUGAAUUUUCAGAGCAUCAGCAUGCCCUUGUGGCUCUGAGAGUUAUUAACAAUAAUCCUGAAACUUUUGGUCCUGAACAUCGGCCAAUUGUGGAGUUUGCUCUUGAUAAUGUUCAGACACUUAAACUUCGGAAAGCAAAGCUACAAUCUCAGCGACAGGCUCCUCAAGAUGACAACAAAUUCAUGCCUGGCAUAGAAGUUUACACGCAUGCAAAUGACAAAAAACGAAAAUCUCAAGAGCUUGAUAAACCGGCAAAGGACCCAGAACUGACUACAAAUGAUGAAUCUAGCGGUUCAGUGGCAAAUGGAAAAUCCCCUCAAGGACGCAAAUCCAAAAGACACAAAGGCAACCAUAAGGGUACAAGGGCUGAAAUGUCAUCACUGGAAGAAACACCAAAAUCCUUGUCCAAAAAAUCAAAGAACUACCAAGGUGGGCAGAAUAAUUAUGGUACAUCACUUGAAGGUCAAAACUCUGGCAUUGACACUAGUAGAAGAAAAUCAAGAAGCAAAGAUGAUGGAUUUAGAAAACGGAAGAUGCAAAACCAAGAACAAGCAGGCCAAAAGGUUUCUAAGAAACGGCCCAAGAAGAAUAAAGAUUCAGUAGGGAAGGACGUAGUAGAUAAGCUUGACAUGCUUAUAGAACAAUAUAGAUCAAAGUUCUCACACAAGAGUUCCCAAGAGAAUGAUGGAGAUAAAAAAUCUUCUAAACAGCUUAGAAAAUGGUUUCAAUCAUAAUUAACUAUUUGUUUGAAAUUAUAUUGUACUUUGGAUUAUUUUUCUUCACCGCCUCGGAAAGUGCAGCGAUUUAACUUUAGUUGCACUGUAUCUUAUGCUGUUUUCUUUUUUUUUUCUCCCUGACAAUGAUUUAAAAUAUAAAGUAUUUAACAUUUUCCUGG